GGUAUGGUUUGGCCAGUACUCAGCACUUCAGCAGUCGUAACUUUUCUCUCCAUCACAAAACAACGAAAGAGAUCCUCCGGAGGGAAGAUUUAAAAUGGACCCAACAAAAUCCAAGGCAACCUUCCAGCCCCCAUCGUCUUCCCUACCUCCUCCCCUUCACCAGACCGAUGCAGACGAAGAGGAUGAGAACGUUAAGCAGCUCAAAGAAUGCUCCGCCCUCUACCUCUCCUUACAGGACUGUCUUGUUGAAAACAAUAGGAAUUGGAAAUCUUGCCAGAAGGAAGUUCAAGCUUUAAAGGCAUGCCAUGAGAGAAGGAACAAAAAGAAUGACAAAGGGAACUAAUAUUUGUACCAAUCCACCUGGCACCAAGCAAACUUAUUUCUUGGAAUCGUUAUGGUGGGAUAUAGAUAUGAACAGGCUCCACCAUGAUAGCUGCGACGAAAUCAUCUUGGCGACUGACGCCCUGUGCGAGUUUUGUUUUUUAUUUUUUUUCGCUGAAGACGCACUCUGCGAGUUGGGAAACAACAAACAUGGCUUCUUUAAAUGAAAAUUUACAUUAGGCAAUUUUUUAUUUAAAUGUUACUUCGUAAAUAAAUUUUGAUUACAGAAGAAGAAUUAGUCAGAAUACUUAGAAUCACAAAUUGAUCAGAAUAAGGGAAAACAUGCCAAGAGCUUGUUUGUUUCCCAUCUUAAUAUACACACCAUUAUUUUUUUUU